AUGGCCAGUUCUGCUGGGGCCUGUUCCUGGGCACCCCGCCGGCCGGCCGAGGUGCUGGAGGACCUGCUGUGGGAGCAGUUGGGGCCACUGCCCCAGCUGGCUGCCAUCGGGACUGUUGUCGGUGAAGUGAUAAAAAAUCUCAACCGUGGUUUUUCCAAACUGAAGGCAUUGGUGCCAUUUCUUCCUCAAAGCAGGAAGCCUAGCAAAGUGGAUAUUCUUAAAGGUGCAACUGAAUACAUACGAGUCCUCGGUGAUGUUUUGGGAAGAGCCAAAGACUCCGAGAAAGAAAACCCAGAUCAUCAGAACUAUAUAAACAGUACUUCCGAACCACGUACAUCCAUGGCUAAAGAGCAAUUGAGGAACAGCACUCGAUGUGCUGGCUGUGAUGUGGGCUUGAAGAAUGAGGAGGAAGGGCCCUGGGCAGAUGGUGGCAGUGGUGAACCAGCCUGCACUUGUCGCCAGAGCGUGAUGUCUACAACUGGAGACUCCCCUACCAGGAGUAUGUAUAGAUUCCCAGAAGUAGAACUCCUGAGCCAUGGUUCCAAAUAUGAAAAGUGA